AUUACUACUAUAAGGCAACAAAUGCAUACGAAUCCUCUUUUUCUACUACACCCAGUUUGAGCUCUACAAGUACCAGUCCAUGUCACUUCAUCGAGGGUUCACAGUUAGGCUGGGGUGGUUACGUACGUCAGAAAAGCAUUAUGUCAUCAGCUAUCUCCCCCCAAGCUAAACUACCUGACCUAAACCUAACCUAACCUAACGCCAAAUGAUGAUGCUGCCGCUCCUCCAACUUCAAUCUGCUUGCCAUUCGAUUCUUUAUUUUACCCCACGACACUAGAGCUGCGCAUUGUCCCGACAGAUGCAGCUCAUCGUUCAAGUGAAAUCUUUUUGCUCAAACUUGUCUCAAUCUAAGAUAUCUCCCUGUUAGACGGACUCGACGUUGCCAGAUCUCCUGCCACUUCUGGUCGCUCGGCUGGUCGACGUAACUAAACUGACGUCGCUCGCCCACGCGAGCAAUGCUGAGGGGUCGAAUUCUUUGAGAUCCCACCGGUACCCUCGAUCUAGCCACCAGCUUCAUGGUGAAAGUAGGUCGCUUCAAUUGUCACCGCAAUGAUUAAGCAAAGUGUGAGGAUUUCCGACUGACCGACGGGCCGUUCUACCAGACUUCUCCCACAACACUCCCAAUUCCAAUCCCCGUAUCGCUCUGAACGUCGAACGGUCGCCGCAACGAUGGAUCAUCAUUCCGGCCCCAAAGCGAUCCUGACGUCGGAAAAUUUUCACCAUGUGCAUGAAAUCUCACGAGCCACCUCGCCCGGCGGGGACCCUGUAGGGGUGAACGGAGACGACGAGCAAAAGGCGCGUGUCCGUCCCCGGGCCUACCCAUACUUCAAGUAUCUGCCAUAUCAGCUGGAGGACGAGCCGCGGAGGGACCGCAACCUACGGGAGAUCUUGAAUCAGCUGUACAUCGCGGUGGAAGCCGGCGAUUUCAAUCCCGGGGCCGUGCACUGGACUCGGGAGCUCCGGGGAUGGCUGUCCCUCAAGUUCGACCCGAACCGCAGGGACCGAAUCAACCUCGUGAAACUCUACUAUGAGCUUUCGCUGGCCCCGGGCAUUGACCCGAGCGUGGCGGAGCGUUUCACCAGCAUGUUCAUGCUCCUGACAAAGCGCAAGCACUACCUGCGACCGGUCCAGGACCUCGUCUUGGAUUGGAAGCCGUUGUAUAGGGAAGUGAAGACCUUUGUGUUACCGACGGAGUCGGGCCUGGUCCAUUCGACCAACCUCAAGCGAAACAUCAAAACGUUGACCAAGCUUUGCGCGUUUGUCCAGCUGUACAUCGACCCGUGUGAGCUCCCUGCGAUGCUGGAAGAGUUCCUACCUCACUACACCACGUCGUUUUCAGAGGGCGCAUUCGUCGUCGCCGGGUUGAUCAAUCUUCUGCUCCCGACGUCGCCUCCACCGGAAUCCAGAGAAGACCUGUUGCCGCGACACUACCUCCCCACCUAUUUCCACCUCUGGUCGCUGGUGAACAGGUCAAAGACGUUUGAUAUGACGUUCCUCGAUUACCUGUCCCGGCUGGCUCGCGAUUCUCUACCCGCCGGCCAUAUUCCCUUCGGCGAGUACGGUAUCUUCAACAAAGAACAGUCGUCGCUUAUCUUCACCGCCAUCCUUCGGUUGCUGGAGAUCCCCGUGGGACAGUCGACCUCUCCGUACAGUGCCCUGGUGGACAUCUCGUCCGGGCUCGGCAUCAUGCUGGACCGCGAUACCCGCAAGCACCCGGUUGCCCACCACAUUGCCCGGUGGGUGGUGAUGUCGCUUUCGCCGGCGUGUCUCGACGCGGAGGAAUCCAUUUUGACCCAACUCGAGGGCCUUAUCCAAGCCGUGGAGACUUUCUUCCACCCGUCCAAUACGGGCAGCUGGACAAAGACCCUGUCCCAACUAGUGUACUAUCUUUCAGAUUUCUUCGUCAUGCGUUGGAACCGGGAGCAGAGUGGUGAGAUGGAGGUCCCACCUGAGCGGAAACUGACGGAGCCGUUGAAGCGCCGCUUUGUGCUCUGCCUGCGUGACGUGGUCUUCAUGGGAAUCUACGCCAAAAGUGGCACCGCCAUGAGCUUUUCGCUCUCCACGCUGCAGAGCUUGGCCUUCUUGGAACCGCAUCUGAUCCUCCCCGGCGCCCUGCAGAGGAUAUACCCCUCUCUGCAAGGACUGGUUGAAGUUCACCGCACGAUGUCCUCAUUGCGUGCGCUCCAGGUUCUAUCGCGUAUCAUCGCGCGGUCGAAGGGCUAUCGUUGCCACAUGACUACAUUGCUGGGGCUCGCUUUGCCCGGCGUGGAUGCCAAUGAUUUAGAAAAGUCGUUGCAUGCCCUGUCUUUCAUCCAGUCGGCGUGUUACAGCAUACCUCUGGUAGAUUUGACCAAGGGCCGGGAAGACGUCAAUUCCAGCAUGCUGGCCAUCCAAUGGGUGUCCGGCGAGAUGGAACGGAUGGAGGAAGAAGGUGUCCAGAUCCAGCUGAACUAUGAGACGGACUUGGACGACCAGACCGAGGAGAUGAUCCUUCGCUCGUCGACGUGUGGUUUCGGUGAUUUCAUCGUGUCCUUCUUGGGUAGAGUCUUUACGCUGUUGGAGAAUCUGCCAGAUGUGAGCCGUGUGCGGAACGGGUCUCCCGAAGAGAACAUUGUGAACACGCUUCCCGCCACGUUCAUGCCUCUUCUGUCAUCGCUUGCCCCGGAAUACUACGACAUCGCCUUGUCGAAGGUCGUUGACUUCAUCUCCAAUCACGUAAUCCAUCAAGCCCGGGACGCCAUGGCCUUCAUCUGUAACUCUAUCUGCAAGGUCGACCCGGAGAAGGCCCUGAAGCGCUUCAUCCCCGUGUUGAUACAGGCAAUUCGCACCGAGAUCGACGACAACGGCGCUGGGUCUACCCGGACAACGGGAACCGAUGUCUUGCCGCGGGACCGUGGACUAGUCUGGAAUGUCAGCAUGCUCAGCAUGUGUGUGGUUCAUGUUGGCGAUGCCGUGUUGGCCCACAAGCAAGAGCUCUUCGACAUUGCCGUGUAUAUGCAACAGAAGUGCCGCGGCAUCCCGACCGUCCACAUCUCGAACUUCAUCCACCAUCUUCUUUUGAACCUGACUGGAACAUACACCGCGGACUUCUCCCUUUACGAGCCUAGUGCCCUGGCCAAGGGGAUGCGCCCUGAGCUUUGGGGCUACAAACCCGAUUCACAAGAUCUGACUAUCAAGUGGCAUAUUCCAAAGCGAGAGGAGAUCAGCUUUGCCGUUGAGCUAUUCCAAAACCAAGCUGAGACUGCCUUGAAGCAGCUGAUUGCAUUGACCAACGAGACGUCCAGCGUCAAGCGAGACGGAAGCGGCAAGGACUGGUCCGAUGAAGUGACGCGGAACCUGAUAUUGCUUCGCCUAAUCUUGUCCGGCAUUUCGAUUCUCUUUGAUUCCCAAGCCGCCUCGACAACGAAGCAAGGCGCAUCAGAUGGAACCGACGUUGAUAUGGUCGGCUCUGAGGCCACUUCAGGCGCGGUACGUGCCGAGGAAGAGGAGGAUUCCGACGAGGCGCUAGAUAGCUCUGAUGAUUCUACUGUCCGAGAGACGUUCGAAUACCCUACCGGCUACCCCCUGCAAAAGGACGACCCCAUGUACACCACCAUCCAUGAUAUUCGGGAGAGAGCAGGCUGGGUCCUUCACGACGUACACCGGUUCUUGUCUGACAAGCAAGAGGACGACGUGCCGUGCUUCGCUGCUUUGUACUCGGCAUACCGAUCGUGGUUUGUCGAUGUGGGCAUUGAGAGGUCCGCCCAUGUCUUGGAUCGGGUUACGCGCCUUCUCGCGGCAGAUAUCCACCCCUAUAAGAUGAGCGGGAUCCGCAAGGACUAUCCGCGUCCUUUGCUGGUCAGACGGGCCAACGUGUACCACCUUCAGCGUCUGAGACAUAAUGCGGCCCCCCGUCGUCGGUCCCGCUUGGAUGAGAUUCUCCUCCUAGACAUUGCGGAAUCUUGCGUUUCUGUUUAUACCGAGACUCGCCGUAAUGCCCAGAGCGCCGGUGAAUCUGCUUUCAAGGCUGUGUGGGGGUCUCGAAUCCUCGUGAUCCCGCCCCUGCUGAAAGCUCUGCAGAAAGGUAUCAAGGAAAAUGAUUAUGCGCGGAUUAAAGGCGGUCUGUUUACGCUCCUCCUGAGUAGCGUUGCGAAGACUUUGGGCCGCCACUGGAAAUACACGCCGACUAUGGUUCGGACUUUUAUCGAUGCUAGUUCGGUAGAUCGGCCGUCCGUUCAGAGAAUUUGCUCGACUGGCGUCUUCCAGAUAAUGGACUAUGGUCGCUCCAUGGAGAGGAUGUCUAUCCUUGACCAGGCAAUCAUUGAAGCCAUUGCUCCCAAGCAAGAUGUUCAAGACCAGAUCACUCAGAAGCGCCAAAGCAUCAACGGCAAGCGCGUCUUGAUUGAGAAGAAGAAGGCCGGCCUUGCCGAAGAGCUAGUCAACUUGGCACGAGUCUCUCACUGGAAGGUUGCCAGCCGCGCAGCAACGAUCGUCAUCACGAUGGGUCUCCGGUUCGAUUACAUCGCGAGCGAGAAUCUCGUCGAGCUGGUUAUGCGCGGGUCGAUUGACGAUCACCCCGGCCUGCGCGGCAUGUACUCCCAGGCGCUCAUCGCACUGUUCACCAUGGUGGACGUAAGGGCGAUUUGCGGCCACGACUACAAGAAUUACAUCUUGGGCCAUCAGAACUUCCCUUCCAAGAUCAAAGUGGCGACCGAGCGCUAUGAGAAGGGCUGGACCGAAAAGUAUCUUGCUAGCUUCGCCAAGCCAGAAGCGGAGUAUUACGUCGACCACGACUUCCCUGGGUGGCUAGUCUGGGGCGACAACAUGCCCGCGUACAAGUCGAAUGUUGCGCGCGAUAUUGAGUAUGAUGAGCAGGAGUGGCAGGUGCGAGGUCAGCUUGGUAGACGGUUUGAUAGAAAAUGGUUCUCCAAGUUCUUUAUGUACUUGAAGCAGGAGCCUCGGGAUCCCAGUGCCGAUAAAUUCCGCAUGCCUUGCGCCAUGAUGCUGCUCUAUGCUUUUGAGUUGAUGCUCCGGGAUGGACUCACCGCUGCUACGUUUGAGGAGAUCCAAGAGGAGAUCCAGGGGGUGUUUGAGGACGGCAGUGAUAAGCACCAGCACCGAGCGACUGCGGAGAUUCUCGGUGCCUUGAUCAGCUCGGUUGCGGACACCAGCGUCGACAAGCGGACGCAGGUGUGGGAAUAUGCUUUCCCCAUCGUUCGAAAGAUCUUUACCGAUGGACUGACGCCCGAGAACUCGGGCUACUGGACGACGUUCCUCCACAUGAUUCUUCAGUGUCGGGAUCCGAGACGGGCGUGGCCGCUGGUCGACUGGCUGGCGAGCUUCCGGUUAGACAUGUCUACGAAUGCGGCCUUCAAGGAAAGCUCCAAGAUCAACCUUCUCCACCAGUCUAUCAUCGACGCAGGGUGGCAUUUCCAACUGGAGAAGCCCAUCGUGGAAGACUUCCUCGCACAUCUCGAUCACCCCUACAAGGGCGUUCGCGAAGCCAUGGGUCAGACUCUUGCCUCGAUCUAUCGCACAAGGUAUCACGAAUCGUAUGCCGACGUGAAGCAACUCCUUACCGCGCAAGAAUCAGCAUCGUCGGUCGGGACCUUCCCCUAUCUACCGACUGAAAACUUCACCACGAUGAUCCGCGAUAUCUUCAGUCGGAUUGAGCAGUGGCGGCAACAGAGAACGCCUGGCCAACAGACGCCGUCUUCCUACACUUCCGGCUGCAAGACGGUGCUUCUCUGGCUGGAUUCCACCCUUUCGUCCUUCGAAUGCACACAGCUUGUCCCGUUCUUCCCCGACUUGUUCACUGGCCAACUCCUGCACAUGAUGGAUGUAAAGGAGGAUCCAGAGCUGCAGUCCCUGGCGUACCACGUCUUCCGCCACCUUCCCAACAUCCCAUACCCCGCCGAACAAGAUUCAGGAUUCAUCAAAUCCCUCAUCCACAUUGGACAAACGUCGCCAUCAUGGCACCAGCGUCUAAGAGUAAUGAUCAACAUUCAGAUCAUCUACUUCCGCCGUCUCUUCCUGCUCUCGGUCGGCGACCGCGACAAGUUAUUCGAAUGCGUAGCCAGCAUGCUAAACGACUCCCAGCACGAGGUGCGAGCCGGUGCAUCAGCCACCCUAUCCGGCAUGAUCCGCUGCUCCCCCGUGUCCCUCCGCGACGAAAUGGUCCGCAGGCUGCAAGAGCGCUUCACAAAGAUCCUGGUCCAGCAACCCUUCCCGAAGCGGCCCAAGGUCUUCCGCUCAGGCGUGUCGUCUCCCAUCCCCUCUGGGGCCGGCACCCCCACCCCCGAACACACCCGCCUCGUCAUCCUGCGCCACGGCGCCGUCUUGGGUCUGGGUGCGCUCAUCCAGGCGUUCCCAUACAGCAGCCCUCCGCCUUUGUGGAUGCCCGAGGCGCUUACAACACUGAGCGUCCGCGCCGCGAGCGAUCCAGGCGUUGUCGGCUCUAGUGUCAAAUCGAUUAUUAGCGAGUUCAAGAAGACGAGACAAGAUACAUGGCAUAUAGAUGCAAAGUCAUUCACCUCCGAUCAGCUCGAGGAUCUCUCCGGCGUCCUUUGGAAGAGCUACUUUGCUUAGUGUAUAGGAGUGAACAUACAUUCGCUCGAGCAAUGCACUUCAUCAUCGUGCUACGCUGCGGGCUGUGGUAAUCCAUUUAUUAAGUAUUUAUCCUGUACCUAGGCUAGGGCCUAAUAACCGGUCUAGGCAAUCACAAGGCAAGUUAUUAGCCAUUCUCACAAACACCAAUAGAGAGAAAAAAGUAAUUUCAGAGCAAACACAAAUUCCUGUAGUCAAAGGUGGGCUGGCUGAAGC